AUGCCGACACUUUUGCAAGGCGCAGUCCAGAAAACGAUAUUCGCAACGCUCGUUGUCCUGGCAUGUGCGGAAAAGCUGUGCUCCGUCAUGAAUCUGGUUUCUGUGGAAAAAGACUGGUGCGUUGUGGUUGCAGGAAACAACCAGGCAGCCUUGCGCAGACUCAACGCACAAAUGCGCCGCAUCGACUUGCUUUGCAAGCUUCUUGGACCUCUCUUUAUCGCUUCCGUGGAUACUGCUUCGACUCGGGUCGCAAUUAUUGUCAAUUUCGCGAUGAAUCUCCUCUCAGUUCCCAUCGAGUAUUUCGCCAUCGCCCGGGUCUAUCACGAGGUCCCGGCGCUUCAGGAGCCCAAAACAGCUGCAAGGUCAGAAGAUUCACUCGAGCCCAAGCCGUUCCUCCGGCGAGCCUGGAACAGCCUCAUGUACAUGAGCACCAAGUCAGUGGCUGACUGUGGUCUCUAUUUUCGUCAUACGGUUUUCCUCCCUUCUGCUGCUGGUGCUUUGCUAUAUCUCACCGUGCUCAACUUUGGUGGUCAGAUGGUCACUUUUCUCCUCGCUUCUGGCUACAAGUCGGGUGUGAUAGGCGUUGCACGGACACUUAGUGUCAGCUUCGAAGUUCUUGCCACAUGGUUCGCCCCUUGGCUCAUCGCAAAGAUCGGCCCUGUCAGAGCGGGCUUGUGGCUGAGCACAUUGCAGGUCUUCCCCCUGAUCGGGGGUACCAUAGCAUUCAUUCUGCUGAAACCGUCCGCAUUAUCUGCCACAGCUCUUGUUGUGGGGACCAUUGUUAGCCGUCUGGGGUUGAGAGGCUUUGAUCUGUCCACUCAGCUUCUCGUUCAAGAGGUGAGUUUCUCCUGCGCUUUCCAACUAAAAUGCUGA